AAUAUAUUUUUAGGAGAUUUCUCGGUGACCAUCAGAAAUAUUUCAAAAGACAAGUACCAUGCCACACCUGUAAAUCGUUCAGACAAAAGCGUCCAGGAAGCCGUGAUACAGGGUCUAAAUGAAGACUUAACUGUACUGAAAAGCACUUUCGAAUGGAGCGUGGUCAGUGAAAUGGAGCUAGCUGCUUCCGAGUCAGCAUUAGGUACUUUAGUUAGUCAAGGAACAACGAAGUGGACAAUAAACAGACGAUCCAUACCAGCAGGUAUCUACCAAGUCAAAUUCAAUGCUUCAAUUUCAGUUGGCGAUCAAGAAUCCCCACGGAUGCUCAAUGCUUUUGAUUACGGCUUCAUCGAGGUUAUUGCAGCUCCAGUGCGAGCAAUCAUUGAUGGGGGAAGCAGUGUCCGAUGGGGAUCCAAAAACAUUGUGACUGUGGAUGCUUCCCUGAGUUACGAUGCUGAUAUUGGUCCUGGAACACAUACUGGGCUCAACUUCACGUGGACCUGUCGGAAUAACGCUAAUGUAAGCAACACUUGUUUCGGUUCAUUUCAUGGUAAAGGAAACUUAAGCUCCACGGUAAUUAGAAUUGAUCCCGGUGGACUUGAAAUCGAUCAGACUUACUUGCUACGACUUACCGUUUCCAAGGAUGUGAGAAGUUCAUUUGCUGAAAUGUCCUUUGCUAUAGCUGCUGGAGAGGUACCUCAGGUGACUCUCAGGUAAUUUUUUUUCGAAUUAUGACAGACCGAUGUUCACAGGUACGUUCGACCCCGGAUCGAGUGGUCCGGGCUCGAGCCCUGGCCAGGGUCACUGGUUGUGUUCUUAGGUAAGACACUUUACUCCGACAGUGCUUCCCUUCACUCAGGUGUACAAAUGGGUACCAGCGAAUGUGCUGGGGGUAACCCUGCGAUGGACUAGUACUCCAUCCAGGGGGGAGUAGCAAUACAGUAAAUAGAAACCUGAGCUAAGCGCCGGCCCCAUGGGCCACUUGGGCCUGAAUAAAGGCUUUAACUUUUACUUUUAAUAUUCUCAGGCGAAUUCUAAAUUACUUGGGAAACAAAUUAGAUAUUCGAGAGAUUCGAUGAAACAGACGCUGGCAUUUAUAUUGGUAUUUAAGAGUACGAUGAAAAUCUUUUCCGCAACUUAAGAAUAAUUUCAAUAAAUUGGACUUAAAAGCUUCAUUAGGUAUCUCAAGGUUUGGCCAAAGUGCAGCAUAGCUAUUAAAGACCUGCUCCACUAGUGACUGGCGGGUACUGGUUUCAAAGAGUCAUAUCGCUAUGCAACUGAAACGCCUUUUUCAAGCGCGUAGGCAUAUUUUAAUUCAGCUAUUUACGUUAAGUCAAUAAAGUGCCAUUGAAGCUGAAACUGUUUUGACAGUUCUCCACACUGCUUUUUGCUUUUGUGUAUGUUUGUGUAUGUUCUUUUUUUGCUUUUUUUUUGCUUUUUUAUAGUUUACUUUCUUUUCUCUUAGAUGCUUCGUGGAUUGUGGCGCAAUAGUGUCUGCGUCAAACAAGCUCCGGGUGACAUCAGAGUGUCCUAAUUCUCCUUGUAGUGGAUCCACUUAUGAAUGGCGCUUGUCCAAAUUAAAUGGUUCAAAAUGGGUAAACAUACCUAUUUUACCCAAUAUGACUUCAACUGCUGUUAAUGCUACUAAUAUGAUUAUCAAGAAGAAUUCAUUGCAAUCCAAAUCAAAAUACAAUCUAACAUUAUUUGUAAAAUCUCUGGAGGGGACAUACGGGUUUUCUACGCUCCUCUUUGAAACUGCAGGGGAGCCGCACAGUGGUUACUGCACGACGUCAGUCUCUGAAGGCGUUUCACUGGAGACUGAGUUUACUUUCGAGUGCUUCGAUUGGCAGGAUGCGAGCUUACCGCUCACUUAUGAAUUUAACCUUGGAGAGGAGCCUAUAUCUUAUGGCACAUCACCCUCGUCUGUAUCGACAGUGUUACCGACAGGAUUACCGGACAAAGAUUUCCUGUUAGAAGUCACUAUUGUUAUCAAAAAUGCAGUUGGGGUAGCUGUUGAACAGAAAUUAUUUAUCAAGGUGCAGUAAUUGAUAUUACAAAGCAAGAAAAAUUUGGAACUUAACCAAAGAUUUUCAUGUUUUAAAAUUUUUGAUCUAUAGAAACGGUAUGUUUUUUCUUUACCUACUGACCUCUGGAGUUUUUUCAGCAAAAAAAUUCCAAGAUCAUCUAAUAUUAAGACUUCGUUGCUAGGAUCCAUUAAAAAUCUGUAAUGAAAACAAAAUUCCGAUUUUUCUCACAAAAGACCACAAUAAAACUUUUCGUCUGCAGGUAAAGCCAUCAUCAAGCCUUGAUUCAUGUGUUUCGUCACCCGAGCAAGUUGCAAACAAGUUAAAAAGUUUUGUAGUAGGGGAAGGUAACAAGCUGGAUGAAUUUCUCAACAAAGGUGAACUUAGCCAAGCUGUUCAACUGGGUAUAUCUGUCAUCAAGUCUGCAAAUGAAAAAAGCGAAUGUGGAAAAGAACUGGACCCUAAAGACAAAGCUUUGGUACGUGAAAAAAAAGCUACUUAAAUGUAAUCAGCAAGACUUAAAGAUUUCUCUUGUAAUUUUGUUUUGAUUAUCUGUAUUGCUACACAAUUUUAUUGCCAUUUCUAUUUAUCUUUAGUGGAAGGUGAACGUUAAAUAUGUUUCGCACACUUCUUUUUGUUUGUAGAUCUUAACCACAUUAAUUACGAAGUUCACAACCGUAACACCGGAGAAUCUUGAAAUGUCUCGUCUGGUUAUGUCCGUGGUGAGCUUAGCUAUGGGAGCCGAGGUUGACGUCAACGAUAACAGCAACAAUGACAACCUGGUGCGCCCUAUAAAUAUAUAUGCAAACAUAUACGACAAGUCAAUUUUAGCUUGUACAUGGUAACGGGAAACGAACUGAUCUCUGUUGCAAGUCCAUUGAAAUAACAUUGAAUGAAUAUCGGAAAGUCACAGCUUUCAAAUUUCAAACAAUGACGAAGUUAAAGCUGAUGCCUCCCUAAUAAUAGAUAAACUCGACUGCUAACCAAGCAAUGCUCAGUACGAUCGACAAAGAUAGGCUUUUUCUCGCCUUUAAAGGAUUCUGAUUACAAAUAACUGAGAAAUUUUGACCUGAAGAUAAUAAGGAGACAACUAACGAAGUUAAACUUACAGGUAAACUUAAUUAAGGAACUUGCGUUUGACUUACGUUAUGAUCUCAGAAAAUGUCUUUUCUUUUUAUUUUUUUUCGAAUAAUGUUGUCCGUUUUCUUGCUACCAAUAUCCCAAAGAGCAAAGUGAUUCGUGGAUAUUACACUAAUUUUAUUUUCUUAUCAGGAGUUGACGAUGCGAUUGACCGAGAGUACCUCAAAUAUGAUGAUUUCUACCCUUAACGAUCCAGAAGAGCCUUUUACACCAGGGUUGGAACUAAUAGCUACAAGUGUUACAGGCUGUCUAACCAAUGUUCUGAAGUCUGCUGCAGGCUCGAGUCAAGAUAGAGCAGAUUUAGCAGCUACCACAACAUCUCAAGAGGUACGGAUCGCAAACACAGGUUCCAAAUCAAAAAUAUACUCACCCACGUAUUCCCUUGCUAGUAGUUUUUUUUUUUACUACAAUUUUUGAUGACUCGUUUUAUGGGGCUAAGAGGGAAAAUUAAGAGUCUAAGGAAAUCUAACAGUCAUUAUAAAAAAACGUUACGGCUUACAAUCUUUCUUUCCUUCCAGUUUGUGAAAAAGGCCUCCGAAAAACUGAGCAGCAUGAGUGAUGCAUUUUUUGGCCGUUUGGUGCCAUCAGAAGAUCUGGUCCUAAAAACUCCGAACUUGGCAAUAUCGUUGAAAAAGGUCACAGCCAAUGAGGCUAAAGGACUCAGCAUGGGAGAUGGACCAAGUAAAUUCAAGCUCCCCAGCAGCCUUGGAAAUAUAGGUGGUGGAGAGAUAAAUGCAAAGGUAUGAUGCCAUUCUUAUCUUAAUUUUCACCUUUUCACGAAUAUGAUAAAGGACAUAAGUAAUCACUGAUAGUGAAGUUAGGCUGUCUUUUACGACAUUCAAGUGUAUGCGAUUUAUUCGUGUGAUAAAAUAUUAAAGCAAUCUGCACUGAUAUUCUCAGAAUUCUGUGGACGUCAUUUCGUCACUUAAGUUGACCGAAAAAGUAAUCUAGUAAUACUUUGGUUUCAUUUGACAUACUGUCAAACAACAUAACCUAUCUUAUCAUCGUGUAAUCUGAAUGUUUGAAUUUAUAGAGUCCCAGUAAUGGCAACCGACGUCUCAGCAAACAUAGCUGAAGUCAUCGCAAGAGUUAUUUGCCAGAGUCGGAGAGUCCGAAUCUAACAGAUUGUGUGUCUUAUUUCAGAUGCAAGCUGUUGAUUUUAAUCCUUUUACAUGGGACAGUAGCAGCAAGAAAAUCAAAUCAAGCGUCACGAGUCUCGAGCUUAAGAGUAACAGUGCAGAAAAGCUAAAUGUGUCAAAUCUUGAUAAUGACAUCGAGAUCGUCAUUCCGAUUUCUAAUCCACCAAAGAACUCCAGCAACUCAACACAACAUUAUUUCCUGAAGUCUGACCGCAUAUCAUUCCGAAGUUAUUACGCAGACCUGGCGGACGUCCCUGUCUCUUUAAGAUUGGGUUUAGCCAUGACAGGAGUGGAAAUUGAAAUGCGAAUUAAAUUUGGACAACGACCAACGAUGAUGGACUUCGACCACAACUUUACUUUUAUGUUUAAUUCUAAAUGUGACAAACAAACAGUUUUGAAUACAACCUGCUUUACCAAAGAUGGGUCUGUUAAAGUGACGCCUUCUAAGCCUGGUUUUCUCUAUGUGGGCUUGUUGGUCAAAGGCUCUAAGAAUGAAAGUCAACAUUCUAGGCAAAGAAGGUCAUGUUUCGAUCAUCGUCGCGAACGACGGUCAUGUGUCGGCGUUAAAGAUCCACCACCGAAAGGAGUCCUUAAAACCUUGGUUCCGCAAUAUGACCCAAAUACAGACAUUAACUACACUUUAACCAUUAUCCAGUCAAGCUGUUUGUAUUGGUCAGAGGAAACAGAAAAGUGGACUGCCGAAGAUUGUCGGGUAAAGUAAAUAAUGUAAAAUUUUCAACUCCUGAUAAAACUAAACAUUAGGUAUGUGAAGUCCUUCGUGUCUUAUUUUAUUCCACAAUGAGGAAACCUAUUAGCUCUGUAUUAAAAGUAUAUCAACUGGAAACAAGUUUUUGAUUUCAAAAUUGCGGGACUUUGUAGUCGAGGAGACGAUACUCCUCAACAGGUGCGGCUUUUCAAGCUUCUAUCAAAACUUAGCCAUAUCCUAUAUCAGUUCCUUUCCUUGAGGACUGAGUUAAGGCUGGUAACGUAAGGGGAAAUCGAUUCACCAAAACUCUUUUCGUUAAAUUUAGAUGAUAUAUUUCAGGACAUUUACAUCCACAGGUCAGUCAAGAUUCAAACACUACGCAUCUGGUAUGCCUGUGCAAUCAUUUGACAUCUUUUGGUGGAAACUUCAUCCAAGCACCGAAUCCAAUUGACUUCGACAAAGUUUUUACUGAGUUUUUAAACCUUGCUGAAAGUGGCAAUAUCUCAGUACUUGUGACAAUUGUCUGUUGUUUCCUUUUGUACUUCGUCGUAUUGAUCUUUGCAAGAAGGUCCGAUAAGGGAGAUGAAGACAAAGUAUGGUUAUGGUUGCUACUACAUCUAAUUCAAUAUUUUUGUUCCUAAAUAGUUUGCUUUUUUUUCAUUUUUUUAGGCUACUAUUGAAAUUUAGAUAAAACCUGCUACGUUCUUACCAGUAGAUUUUUAACACCAGAAUGUACCCUUCCUUUCAGAUUUGCCCUCCUAAAUUGAUAUCAGUUGUUAAGGGAGGAACAUAUUACUACGAUAUGGUUAUAAGCACUGGUGUGUGGAAACAUUCAGCAACAACAGCUAACAUAACCAUUUGUAUCAAGGGCGACAACAACGAGCAGAGUCAAAUUCCAUUGCGAGAGAAAGGGGAUACGAGCCAGUUUUUCGGUCGAGGGAGUAUCAAUGGCUUUGUUCUGGUGAUGGCUGAGACCAUGGGCACAUUAAAAGAAAUUACUUUGGAGCACGAUAAUUUGGGUGAUAAUCCGUCUUGGUUUGUGGAGACUGUGGUCAUUAAAGACCGGCAGACGGAAGAAAGGUGGGUGUUCCCCAUUAAUAGAUGGCUUGCGUUGGAGAAAGGCGACGGUCAAAUAGAGGUUACUGUGGACAGCACAACUUACUCUACCUUCUCGGCUCAGGUUCGUUCGCGCUUUGCUCGAAAAAUUGCCGACAGUCACCUGUGGAUGUCAGUGUUUGGAAAAGCAUGCAGCAGCACCUUCACACGUGUGCAAAGAGCUUCAUGUUGUCUUUCAGUUUUGUUUAGUGCAAUGAUAGCUAAUGCCAUGUUCUAUAACACUGGUGGCGAAUCCGAUGGUGCUAUUCAGGUUGGGCCUUUUAAGUUUUCUUGGAAACAGAUAGUCAUCGGAGUACAAAGUGGCAUUAUCAUUGCACCUAUAAACAUAAUAAUUGCUUUCCUCUUUAAGUCUAGCAGACCGAAGAAGAAAAGUAGUGAAAAAUACCAAGUGACAGACGAGGCCCAACGACUUUUGGAUGAAAUAAAGGACAUUGGUUGUAUGCUACCUCAUUUCUUUGUCUAUGUAGGCUGGUUACUCUGCUUCUGUACGACUAUGGCGGCCGCAACGUUUACGCUGUUUUACAGUCUAAUGUGGGGAAAGGAAACCUCUGAGCAGUGGCUUGCUUCCAUCUUGAUCUCCAAUGGACAAGAUAUUUUCGUUGUACAACCCACGAAAGUAAUGAUAGCAGUCAUCGUUAUAUCCUUUCUCCUGAUCAGAAAGAAUAAAAUCCAAUAUGAAGAAGAAAAAGAGGAAAUUGCAAUCGAUCCACUAGCAAUUGAAAUAGACUUUUUAAGUGAUGAUCCCAAACAGCGAUUUAAGAAAUGUCAGCGUGAAAAGAUGAGGGAGAGGUCAAAAAAGGAAGCUCAGUUAACAACCAUGACAAGAGACAUUAUCCUUCAUCUGAUAUUUGUGUUUCUUUUGGCCAUCGUUUCUUAUGGAAACAAGAAUGGAAAUCGUUUCCUGAUGACAACUGAGACGAGAAAUCGAUUCACUAAAUUCAAUGUGGUAAGAUUCUCGUUUUAGCCAAAACACACUAUCUAGUUUAUAGUUAAAAGGCAUUUGUGUUGUAUUUAUUUUUCUCUUGAAAAACAAACCCAAAAUCGUCGAAGAAUGAAAUGACUUUUUUAAGAAAAAUUAGAGCCAGGGUUAACCCUCUAACUCCAAGAUCAAAUUUGUAAUUCUCCUUACUGUCAACCAUACUGCUUUUAUGAUGUUAGUUCAGAGAAUUUAGUAUUGGAUCAGCUAAUUAUCCCCAAAUUGAUAUUUUCUUUAUUCGCCCACUUAUCUGGUUGAUAUUGCAUUAACAUUGUAAGAAGAAAUUCACUCAAGGGUGUUAAAGGGUUAAAGCAUUUAUCCCUGCUGGUGAGCUGCAAUUAGAUAAAUCGCAGAAAAGAGGCUUGUAAAUGCUCAGGUACAUCCCAACUGAUCUACGGAGCCAUAUGUUGGAAAAAGGUCAGUUGUCAUCAGUUUUUCACUCCCGGUAUGUGAAUUUCAAUUUAAAAAACCAAAUAUUUCAAUCAGUGCAAAAAAUAAAAGUUAGGAUCUGCCUUUUGUUUUGUUGGAUGAUUGUGUUUAUUUGUUAUUUUGAUAAAUAUAUCAACCUCAUGAGAUAACAAUGUCAACAGCUCUCAAAGUCAUAUUUUUUAUUUUAGGUAUCAGAUGCGCAAAGAUUUGAAGCCUGGUUAAGGAACGAGUUCCUAUCAAACAUUUAUAAUCAGGUGUGGUACAAUGGACUUGAAGAAAAAAACGACCUAUACAUCGAAAACAAGAUGUCCAUACUAGUAGGAAUGCCUUGGUUGCGACAGCUCAGAACUAGAAAAGGUAUACUCAAAUGAGAUUGAUCUAUUUCCUUUUUUUUAAUGCAAAAAAUAAAUUUCGAAGAAGGUUCCUGUUGCAAAGUGCAUAGAAAAAUGAAAUUAAUAAAUUAUAGGAAACAUAUAGAGAGCCCUAUUUCGAAAUGAUGUGACAUACUCACCUCUACUAAGUGUGUUUGCAGUUUAUUAAAGUCAGUUUUAACCUUUGAUGAUCACACUGUUGCUCACUUCCCAGUGUGCUGAAAAUUAAUCGAAACAAAAUCUUCCUAUUCACACGUCUUAGAAAUCACUGGAUUUUUUAAAUAGGACAUUCAUUUUGAGACAUAAAUCUUAAAGAAUCAGCUUGUUUAUUUUCUUUUCACCUUAACAUCAUCAAUGGAAACUAGAGGUUUUAAUUUCUGUCUUUGUUUUUUACCUUCAAGGUUCCUGCGAAUCCCAUCCUAAAAUCGUCUCAACUUGCUAUCACGACUACUCCUCAGAUAGUGAGGACACUACUUUCCUAAGCCUUCCCGGCUGGAGGCCUCUUUCCUUCAACUCAUCGUGGCCAAAUGCUUUAGAAAUGUGCCCAAAACCUUGGCGAUACCAAUCAGCAGCAGAACUUCGCAACCAUCCUAUCCAGGCGGCAUACAAUUCAUAUGAAGGGGGUGGUUAUGCAGCUGUUAUGGGAUAUGACGAAACCACUGCACAAGGUGUCCUCGACGAAACUAUUGGCCUUGGUUGGCUUGAUCGCCAGACUCGAGUUGUAAUUCUAGAGUUUGCCGUUUUCAAUAUCAAUACAAACUUGAUUAGCGUUGCCACAUACUUUUACGAGGCCUUAGCUACUGGUGCAGCCUACACUACAAGGAGAAUUGAAACACUGGAGUUGUACAGCACUGAGUCAGGAGCUCUGAUGUUUUUCUUAAUUGGCCAGUUUCUGUUCAUGGCAAUGGUCCUCUUUUACUUCAUAGUUAUGUUAGUUCACCUUUAUCAACAACGCCUAGGUUUCUUCAAGUCUGUUUGGAACAUGGUGGAUUUCUUUAUGAUAAUUUUCUGUGUAGCCUCUGUAGCAUUUUACAUGAUCAGAGCUAAAAGCGUUUUGAACACUAUCAAAUCUAUUCAAGCCAAUCCAUAUGAAAUCGUGCAUUUCCACACAGCCUUAAAUUGGCUUAACCUAGAAAAUGCGUCUAUUGCUACGGCUGUUUUUAUGGUAACAGUCAAGCUACUAAAUCUUAUUCGUUUUAACCCACACGUAAUAUACUUGUUUUCAUCUUUUCGGCAAUCCAUAGGCUAUCAACUCUCGUAUGUGCUCUUUUUUCUGAUCGUGUUCAAUGCAUUUGUUGUAACGGGUAUGCAACUUUUUGGUGGAGUAGUAUUAGAGUAUUCUAGUUACCUCAACGCAGUCAUGUCUCAAUUCGAAUUCCUGUUAGGAAAAGCAGUCCCAAUGGACGCUCUUCGAAGGGACAAACCCUUCAUUGGUCCGACGUUUGCGUUUUUGUUUUGUAUAUCCACAACUAUAUUUCUUAUGAAUAUGCUUGUUUCUGUCCUCAAUGAAUCAUACGGUGACGCAAAAACAAACGCAGAGGAAAAUGCAAAAGAGCUUGAAAUGGCACGUUUUAUUGAGGAGCGUUUAAUGGACAUUUUCCACGAGGGAAGUAAUCGAACUGAGUUUAAGUUGUUUUGCGAUGAGACAACAUUCGCCAACAUGUGCCUUUCUGAAGCAGAGCCAUUCUGUUUAAAUUCUGAAAGUAUUAUCCAAUGUACAGAGGAGCGAAUGCUUAAAAUUGAAAAAAGACUAAUUGUCCUCGCUCGUCGAACAGAAUACAUGGAGGCUGAUUAUUUGAAAGAGGAAAAUGACUUAAUUGACCUCUUGUUAUCAAUGAUGAAUUCUUUGGUGCGUGAUUCGGAAAAAAAAGCAAAAGAUCGUCCCUAA